CGGGCUCAAUCCUCGGUUCAGAGUGCGUUAAAAUUAUUGCUCUAUGAAAUGCCCGUCACUGAGCGCUGACUUAUGGCAGGGUAUACAGAGUGAGGACUAUUUGGCCAUAAUGAAGCAUGCCUCAGAGGACCAAAACGAGAUAACGGUCCUAGCUAAUGCUGUAAACAUCCUCCUCAACGACGUGGAAUCGUUUCACUCAAAUCUCAUGUGCUUGAUCACGCAAACGUCCCUCGCAGCUGUCUUUCGACGUUCGGCCAUCUCUAGCAUUCUUACUCCUAUCCGAGAUAUUGCUGUAGAAUUCUACGGGGCCAUCUCCGCUAUGUGGAAGGAGGUGUCUCUGUUUCUUAAGCAAGGGUUGAAAAUCUUGCGCUCAGAAACUUCGCAUAACGAUAUCGCAAACGCCGAACAUUAUAUACGCGCCGCUCAGGUAGACUAUCUGAGAGCCUGUCAAAUCAUUGAAUCCCAAUUUGAGGAUCUUUUGUGGGACAGCGAGGAGCUCCUAAUCGCAGAGCUCCGAGGCUCUUGUGGGUUAGAGAUACUGCUUCGCCUCACCAAACAGUUUUUCACCUUAUCCUCUUACCGGCUUAUCGUUAUGGAGGGUAUUCCUCGGCGUCUUUCGAUGCUCUGGGACGACGGGCGUGAGAUUCUAGAUUGCCUGAAUCACCUGGGAGAGGUGAUGAGCAGGAUUCAGAUACGCUUUCGGAGUCCCGAAUGGCGAACGUAUUAUGCAGGUCGAGAGGACAUUAUCAGGCUGUUAACCGAAACUUUCCAUUACACAUCUAAGUGGCAUCAUUCGGUUGAAGUUCGCAUCUGGCGUUCAUAUGAGUACAACUCCCAGGAACUCCUCGUCAAGAAACAGUACGUGGGACUAUGGGAUCCUAAUGAGUUCGUGUGGGACUGGUAUUCAUGGUGGAGUUAGGGUAGGUCUGAUAGGAAUCAAAUGUAAAAGACAAUGCAGCAUACAAAGGAUGAUAUAUACUAUUGUUGUUUUACUUGCCGAGGUCUCCAGGUCCAUUAGCAUUGAAGUCUUUGGGUGACGUCGGUUGCAUAACAUAGUAGAACUAAGAAACUAUGUCUCCC